CAAUGGAGCUGUCAUGGCAGACACAGAAAUACAAGGGGAGAAACAUUGUUCCUCAAGCUAUGGAUCAAGGGCCAUUUCCUACCUGCGUCCUCUACAGUUUUAGUAAAGGUGAACAAAUGGAAAUCCAUCGUGCAUUUGCAGAUAUGGGCAUACCCUGUGAUAUUUGGUUAAAUCCUGAAGCAAUGAUCCGGGUAUACCUUAUACUGACUAGCCUGAAGCCUUGGCAAAAGCAAUUGCUUGGUCGGUCCGUGGAGCUCUUAUCUCUGCAUAGGCCCGCGGCAGCAGCCUGGAUCUGCAAAUAUCUAGGAGUUCAGGCUACUAGCUCUCGCUGGGAAGGCACCAAGGAUAUUGCAGUGGACGGCUGCUAUUACCAUGGAUAUACCAUCAGUUUUGAUGACCUGAAGGCGCUCCUUGAUAGUGGAAAGCCAGUUCUGGCCGUCUUAAUUGUUGGCCCUGGCUUUGAAGAUCUGGAGGAGGAUGAAAUCUACACAUGCAAACCACAGUUCAAUAAGAAGGGGGAUCUGUUGAAGCCCUUUGAGUAUCACAUGGUCGUUCUGACCGGAUAUGGAAAAGCAGAGAAAUCGGGGUUAGAAUUUAACCCGUUCCUGAACUCUUAUGGCGUGGACUUUGGUAAAAAGGGCUCUGGACGUGUGUAUUUCAAGGAGCUCCACUGGUUUUACUCUUUUGAGGUCAACUACCCCCUGAAGGUUAUCAACCGAGCAUCGCCUCCUUCAGUGCGCCCUGAUAUCGACAAUAAUGGACCUGUAAAGAUGCCUGGAAGAAUUCAGAUUGUAUAUGUAGAUCUUCUCACAAAGGCAAUAUCUGAUGAGGGUUGCAACUCCAUAGCUUCUGGAAUGAUUGAGAUUGAUCUCAUACAUGGCAUCAGGAUUGCUCUUGAUGAUGUUGCGACGAACCUGGAGGGCAUGGCCAGAGAGAUCAUCACGUCAGAUGACAUAGCACAGGUGGCUACCAUAUCAGCUAAUGGGGAAACAAAAAUUGGCAACAUCAUUGCAAAUGUUAUCGAGAUGGCUGGAAAGGAGGGAGUCAUCGUAAUUUUGGAUGGUAACAACAUAUGCAAUGAGUAUGAAACUAUGGGGUGCAUGGAGUUAACAAGAGGAUACACAUCACCUCAUUUUGUUAACAAUCAUAAGAACAGGAAAUGUGAACUAGACAAUCCCUUGAUCCUGAUACAUGAUAAGAAGCUCUCCAAAGUUAAUGCUGUCAAAGCAUUGGAACUGGCUCAUAAGAAGCGGCAACCUCUACUUAUCGUAGCGUAUGAUGUAGAUGUGGAAGCUUUAUCUUACAUUGUGGACGAAAAGCUCAUCAAGUGCGUUAAGGUCUGUGUGGUCAAAGCUCCAGGCUAUGGACGGACAUUAGAUCUUAACCUUUGUGGCCUUGCUACCCUUACAGGUGGAGAAAUCUUUACGGAAGACAAUGGAAUGAGUCUCGAGUAUCAGAUGUUGGGCAAGUGCGACAAGGUUAUUGUAUCCAAUGAUAACUGCGUCAUCCUGGCUGGAGCUGGAGACGAAGAGUCCAUUAAAAACAAAACUCAGGAGCUGAAAAAUGUGACCGAACUAAGCACUUCUUACCACCACGAUGAAAAGACGCUGGUAAAGCUUUACCGUCGUGCUGUUAUUAUGAAGGUUGGUGGAGCAAGCAAAGAAAAGGUUGUCGAAAAUAGGGAGAUGGUGGCAGAUGCGCUGAGCAGUACACGGGCUGCAAUCAAGGAGGGUAUUGUCGCAGGUGAUGGUGCUGCCCUCCUUUAUGCAUCAAAAUUCCUAGAUAACUUGCAUACUGCUAAUAUUGGACAACAAAGGGGUGUUCAGAUUGUUCAAAAUGCGCUUAAGACUCCUGUGUACGACAUGGCCUCCAUUGCUGGCAAACCAGGGGACGUCAUUGUUCAGAAACUCCUAGAGCAGGAUAACAGUGAUCUGAUAUACGAUGCCACUCAAGGUGAAUACGUGGACAUGGUGAAGGCGUCUUGCAUUGAUACGGUCGGAACGGUCAAAAGAGCCAUGAUGGAUGUCAAAGGAGAAGCAUGCUUAAUGAUAUCCACGCACGCAUCAGUCUUGAGCCCUUGACCCCCAGUCAGAGAAGGUAGUACCAGCAUGCGCGGUGCCAAGAGCCGAGGAGGGCCAGAUCUUUUUUUAGCCUGGUCUGUGUCUAUAACUUCCGUGUCUAACCUUUGAUUUUGCGGUUCGCUUGUUGCCGCAUGCCUGAAUGUUGUAGUAGAAAUAUUAUGCUGCUGAUUUUUGAUUCAGCAAUAUAACAACGAAAUUUAUCUAGUAGUGCUUGCCUCAUCAAAGGUUGGCAGCGAC